GACACAAAUAUACUUUUUUAAUGUUAUUUUUCAGAAAAUGCAUUAUUGUUAUUGGGUGUAAUAUAUGUAUAUCAUGCAUGCAUGUGAUGUUAUUGCAUUUGGUUUACCAUAUACCAGCAGGUACCAUUUUUGGAGAUAGGCAGGGCCCCAUAGUUUUGGGUUCCGGCUUAGGAUAGGGCAAGGAUGUCUUCCCCGCCGCCGCCUCAAGAAUCUCCCCCGCCACCGGCUGCGCCACCACCGCCCGAUGAUUCACCUUCCCCUCCUCCAUCGCCUGAUGAUUCAUCCUCCCCUCCUCCGCCUAAUAAUAAUGAUUCAUCAUCGCCUCCUCCUCCUCCGCCCGACGAUUCCUCCCCGCCGCCUCCGCCUGACAAUUCCUCCCCGCCGCCUCCGCCGGGUAAUUCACCAUCGCCGCCUCCUCCGCCGAACUCCGGCAAAAGCCCGCCUCCGCCGCCCGAUAAUUCAUCCCCACCACCACCCGGGGACUCGUCGCCUCCACCACCUCCUCCUCCUCCGCCGCCCCACUCCAAACCGCUGCCGCAUCCCAAGCACCACAAAUCAAAUAACGACAGGGCAUCUAACGAUAACAGCAGUGAGAUCGCCAUCACCGCCGGAGUAGCGGCCGGAGCAGCGUUGUUGCUUCUUGUAAUGUUAGUGUUCUUCAUCUCUUGCUGCAAACGGAAAAAAAGAAGGCCGCUCCAUAACCAAAUGGGUUAUUACACGGACAAUUCUCCUCGCAAAGGGAGUGAUGGGUACAAAGGGCAUUACGGGAAUUGGCACCCAAAUCAGACGCAAGCGAGCGACUACUUCGUGAAGAUGCCGCCGGCGCCACCACACAGCGCCGGCGUGAGCUCAGAGCACACGUGGCCGAUCGGGCCGCCCCCGCCUCCGCCGCCGCUGCACAGCAGCGACAUGAGCUCAGCAGCGUUCUCCGGCCCGGCAAAGCCGCCGCCGCAUCCGUCCACGGCUCUGGGCUUCAACCAGAGCAGCUUCAUGUACGAGGACCUGGCGGCGGCGACCGGCGGUUUCUCGAAGGAGAAGCUGUUGGGGCAAGGGGGGUUUGGGUACGUGUACAAAGGGGUGUUGCCCAACGGAAAGGACAUCGCCGUGAAGUGCCUCAAGUCGAACAGCGGGCAGGGAGAGCGGGAGUUUCAGGCGGAGGUGGAGAUCAUCAGCCGCGUCCACCACCGCCACCUCGUUUCUUUGGUCGGGUAUUGCAUUUCUGGUGCCCAGAGGAUGCUCAUUUACGAGUUUGUCCCCAACAAUACUCUUGAACACCAUCUUCAUCUCCAGGGACCAGAUCGCCCUGUUAUGGACUUCCAAACGAGGCUUAAGAUAGCACUUGGAGCAGCAAAAGGUUUUGCUUAUCUCCACGAAGAUUGCCAUCCUCGAAUUAUACACAGGGAUAUUAAGGCUGCAAAUAUUCUCUUGGACUACAAUUUUGAUGCCAAGGUGGCUGAUUUUGGAUUGGCUAAGCUCUCAAAUGAUACCAACACCCACGUCUCGACGCGUAUCAUGGGGACAUUUGGGUACUUGGCACCAGAGUAUGCAGCGAGUGGGAAGCUGACAGAGAAAUCAGAUGUCUACUCUUUUGGAGUCGUACUCUUGGAACUCAUAACGGGGCGACGCCCUGUAGAUGUUAACAGUGAUGAUGAUGAUGACAACUUAGCCGACUGGGCAAGGCCCAUUCUGACGAGUGCGGCAGAUGGUGGUGGGAGUUUUGAAGAUCUAGUGGAUCCGCGUUUGGAGAAUGAAUACAACUCCCACGAGAUGCGUUGCAUGGUGGUUUGUGCAGCCGCUUCUAUUAGGCAUUCUGCUAGGAGGCGUCCAAAAAUGAGCCAGAUUGUGCGAGCAUUGGAAGGUGACGUCUCAUUGAAUGAUCUAAACGAGGGAAUUAAAUCAGUGCCGAGCGCAUUGUUUGGGUCUAGUGAUCAGGGUUCAGAUUAUGAUUCUCAUUCUUACACUCCAGACACAUUUAAAGGACAAAAAUCUGGGGCGUCAAGCCAAGAAUUCUCGAGCAGAGAGUUUUAAUUUUCCAUAUCCUUAGACUGUAUUUCUAAUGAAUCUUUCUCUUCUCUAGAAGAAGAUUGUAAUGGUCCAUAUAAAAUGGUAAGAGAUAUGAAUGAUACUGUACGUUGUAAUUCAUGUGUAUAUAUUUUUUUCUCCUUAAUUCACAUGAAACUAAUCAUCACAGAGGACUGAAAUAGAUUAGAGAGCAAUUU